AUGCUCUCGACGGGCGGGAAGAAGGAGGCAGCGCCCCCGCCUGUCCCAGGCAAGUCGGCGCUGGAACAGGUGAAGGACAGCGUGAAGUUCACCGCGGGCUCGAGCGAGGAGGAGCAAUUGAUGGGCAGCAUCAAGAAGUUCAUCGAGGAGGCAGAGAAGGAGGCGAAGCACUAG